AUGCCGCAGCCUCUGACACUGUCUCUCCCCGUGUGGCUCCAGGAGCUCCGCUCCCCUGCAAGGCAGACGCACUCGCUGGCUCGGGAGCUCCCGAGGAGAGGGCUGCUGGCCAAGCUGGGCGCGAACGCCAUCCUGGCAGUGAGCAUGUGCAUCGCGCGGGCCGGCGCGCAGGCCUUUGGCCUGGAGCUCUACGAGUACGUCGGCGAACUCAAGGAUGGUGGCUUCGACGCCACGGCUGUGGACGUGGCGCGAGCCAGGUCCAAGAAGUAUAAGAUGCCCGUGCCGAUGAUGAACGUCAUCAACGGCGGCGAGCAUGCGGGCAACAAGCUUCCCAUGCAGGAGUUCAUGAUCGCGCCCGUGGGCGCCAAGUCGUUCAAGGAGGCCCUGCAGAUUGGGUCGGAGGUUUACCAUUCGCUCAAAGGCGUGAUCGUCAAGAAGUACGGCAAGGACGCGGCCGCCGUGGGCGACGAGGGCGGCUUCGCACCGAACAUCCAGGACAACGACGAAGGGCUGCAGGCACUGAUGGAGGCCAUCCAGGACGCAGGGCAUGCUGGCAAGGUGAAGCUUGCCAUCGACGUGGCAGCUUCUGAGUUUUAUGUCAGCGACGACAAGACCUACAACUUGGGUUUCAAGCUCGACCAGCAGGACCCGUCCCUCGUCAAGUCGAAGGCCGAGAUGAUGGAGUGGUACGACGGCAUUGUGAGCAAGUACCCCAUCGUCUCCAUCGAGGACCCCUUCGACCAGGAAGACCAUUGGGAUGCGUACACGGAGAUGGUCGAGAUGAUGGGCGAGAAGGUGCAGAUCGUCGGGGACGACCUGCUCGUGACGAACCCAAAGCGCAUCGCAUACUGCAAGGAACACAAGGCGGCGAACGCCCUGCUGCUCAAGGUGAACCAGAUCGGCUCCAUUACCGAGGCCAUCACCGCCAGCAUGGACAGCGUGGCGGAAGGCUGGGGUGUGAUGGUGUCCCAUCGCAGCGGCGAGACCGAGGACACGUUCAUCGCGGACCUGUGCGUCGGGCUCGGCACGGGGCAGAUUAAGACCGGGGCGCCGUGCCGCUCGGAGCGUGUCGCGAAGUACAACCAGCUGCUGCGCAUCGAGGACCGACGGAGCCUUGGCAAGCGGGCGUACUACGCCGGCGACAAGUUCCGGGAGUCGUGA